AUAAGUAGAGAUUGUCAGGAGUUAGAGCCCUCCAUUGGUGAGCAGUUGGCUUCCUUGCUUUAUCUUGAACCAGAUAGUGAACUUAUGGCAAUGUCACUUGCAGCAGAAUCAAAACGAGAAGAGGAGAAAGCAAAGGGAGUUAAUCCAGAAAAUGGGGGUGAGAACCCAGACAUUGUUCCAUUUGAGGACAAUGAGGAAGAAGAAGAAGAAGAAAGUGAAGAGGAAGAAGAGAACUUUGGGGUUGCAUCUCAUGGAAGAGGAAGAGGCAGAGGAAUGAUGUGGCCUCCUCAAAUGCCACUAGCACGUGGUGCCAGGCCAAUUCCGGGCAUGCGAGGUUUUCCCCCUGGAAUGAUGGGUGCUGAUGGGUUUUCUUAUGGACCUGUUACACCUGAUGGUUUUGGAAUACCAGAUCUUUUCAGCGUGGGUCCUCGAGCUUUUGGCCCAUAUGGCCCCAGAUUCUCUGGCGAUUUUACGGGUCCCAUGUCUGGCAUGUUGUUUCAUGGGAGACCUCCACAACCUGGGGCUGUCUUCCCUCCUGGUGGUUUUGGAAUGAUGAUGGGCCCAGGACGGCCCUCCAUGAUGGGAGGAAUAGGGCCUACAGCUGCAAGUGUUGCUCGGGCCGGUAGGCCAGUUAACAUGCCUCCUAUGUUUCAACCACCUCCGCCCCACUCUCAAAACACUGCUCGUGCUGCCAAGAGAGACCAGAGGAUGCCAACUAAUGAUCGAAAUGAGAGAUUUAGUACAGGUCCAGAACAAGGAAGGAGUCAAGACGUGGCUAGUACUGGUGCAGGACCAGAUGAUGACACACAAUGCCAACAAAAUGGAUCAAGAUUCUGCCAAGAUGAUCAAUUUGCCUCUGGAAACAACACAAGAAAUGAAGAGAGUGAAAGUGAAGACGAGGAUGAGGCACCAAGGCGAUCCAGGCACGGGGAGGGGAAGAAGAAGCGCCGAAGUUCAGAAGAAGAUGUGAGUGCCUUUUCUGACCAUUAAGAAAUGCUGCUUGGCUAGCAAUUAAGCUCCCUUGCACGGACAACAAUUUAUGAGACUAGAUUAUCUGUGUCAGAAUUUUGAUCCUGUAAAAUCUGAUUUUUUUAAGCAACGAUAUUGCAUGCUUUUACUGAAGUAGUCCUAGGUAAUGAAGAAAAACUUUGAGCUUUUUCAUCUUUUUUUCAUUGAUAAUUUCUGAAGCACAUUGCAAAUUUUGUACAAGUAUACUUCUUAGAGUUGCUAAAAGCUACACAAACUGAUGUACACUUCUUAGUACUGUUAUUCGCAGUUUGGUGUAAGUAACUUUGUGAUGUAAAAGGAAAGUAAAGGGAGCUCUAUCCAGCAUUGUUCACUUC